AUGUCCAUGUUCCGGCGCUUGGGCCAGCUCGAGGCAGCUGCGAGGUUCCGUGCCCGACGACGUGCGGAUUUGCGGCAGCUGGUGAAGCAGUCGCACUGGGAUGCAGCGCUGACGCUUCUGCGUGCGAAGCACGGGGCUACUUUGCUGAAGCAUGGCACGGCUGCGAUCACCUCUGCAGGAGAAGCAAGAGUCUGGGAGGCAGUGCUGCUGCUGUGGUCGGCAGUGGCCGAUGCAACAGGACAUGAAGCAGCGGCCAAUGCGGCCAUCUCAGCACUGUGCAAAUCAUCACAAUGGCAGCUUGCGGUUGCUUGUUUAGUGGACGGAAGAAUAUCAUCACGCGAUGCGGCUUUUGGACUUGCUGGCUAUGGCGCAGCUAUAGCCGCCUGUGGAAAUGCCGCGGCGUGGUCACAUGCGGUGGAGGUCUUGGGUGCUUUGCAUGCGAAGCGCGUGGCUCCCAAUUCCCUCUGUUACAGUGCAGCGAUUGCAGCCUGUGGCAAGUCCUACGAGUGGCAGCUGUGUCUUGAAUUGCUGCAGCAAGCCUUGCACGGCCGGCCCUCAGCCGCUGAGCGCUGCCGGCGUACGCUGGGUGCUUUGCAAGCCCUUCAGGUAGCACAACAGUGGGAGCAGGCCGUGGCACUCUUGGCCAGCUCCUGGAGGAACAUGUGGAACGAUCUUCUUCCAGCAGUUCUGGAAACCUGUGCCCGCAGUGCUGCAUGGAGGGCCACCCUCCAACUGCUCGGCAGCGACAGAACUUCCGAGGAUGUGCUGCUUGCCUUGCGGGCUUGCGCACGAUCAACUCAGUGGCAAGAAUGCUUGCACCUGUAUCACGACACGGCGAACGAGAGAAUGGCAGCAGAAGCUCACACCACUCUCCUCUCUGCCCUCACUAAUGCCCAGGCCUGGCGGCAUUCCCUCCGCGUUUUCGCCUCCCUGGGCUCACGCCAGCUUCGGGCUGAUGAGGGUGUAGCGCAUGUAUUGAGGGCUUUGGGAAUGGCGCGCCAAUGGAACGAGGCGUUGAAGUUGCUGCAGUCCAGCCAGUGCCAAAGCGACGACUGGUGCCUAAGUGCAGCGGUUUGGGCAUGCCAAGUGGCAGGAGCCACGGAUGUAGCCUCUGAACUUCUUUCUCAGCGCCUUGAGCAAGAACGAGCCUCACGCAGGAAGCGCAAGGAGGUGCGGCUUCUCGAGCACCUCGAGCAGACGGCUGUGAGGGAUUGUCCCGCUAGUGUUAUCAACUGUUUGGAGCAGUUUGCCACGGAGAACAGCUGGCUCAAGGUGGCUGGCGGUGAGAAAGCCAAGGUUUUGGAGGCGGCAGUUCGGCCCACAGAUCGGGUCCUUGAAAUCGGCGCCUAUGUCGGCUAUUCAGCCCUGCGGCUUUCUUUGCUGGGAGACGGCCGGCAGCAGGUCAGAGCAAUCGAGUCUGACCCGCUCAAUGCUGCAGUUGCACAGGAAGUCCUUCGUUUAGCUGGCGUGACGGAGAGCGUCCAGCUGCGUGUUGGCCGUGCAUGUGAUUGGCUCGCUUCGGGCUGUUUGGAUGCGGUGGACGUACUCAUACUCGACCACCGAGGGACGGUGUACCAUGAGGACUUGGCACAUGCCGAACCCCUGCUUAGCGAGGGCGCACGCGUCCUGGCAGACAAUGUUUUGCACCCGGGUGCCCCCAUGUUCUUACUGGCGGUGCAAGACAGGCUGGCAAUUUGA